AUGAAGGUCUCCACCGCCAGCGCCACUCAACUUGCAACUGCUCUCGCGUUCGCUGCCAUUCUCUCGUCAGAGGUCGAGGCUUCGAAGAGGUUUGUGAAAAUGCUUCCGAACGGUGGAAACGUGCCCGACGCCCCUGCCAUUGGGCAUCCUGACGGCACCGGCAAGUCUGCGGCUACGAACGCCUUCGGUGACACGUUUGCCGCUGCGGGUUACAAGUGGACCAAGGAGCUCUGCGAAGCUGACACCGAUGGCGAUGGCCAGACCAAUGGUCAGGAGCUCGGAGACCCGUGCUGCGAAUGGGACAAGGACACGAACCCGGUGGUGCUCUGGACGACCGGGGUUUCCCACCCGGACGACGCAACCAAGAAGUCCGACCCGAGUCUGUGGGCGGGCAAGUGCGGGUCGUCGACGUAUUCAACCUCAUCGACGACGGGGGUGGAGAACACGGCGACUGCGAGCUCCAAGGAAUCGGCUGGUGCGUCAAGCGGCUCGGCGUCAAACACCCCAAGCGCUACCAGUGCUCCGAGUUCUGCGUCGUCGGGCUCGAUUUCCCCCAGCUCGGGCUCGACCGCUUCAAGCGCGAACUCCCAAAGUGAGGAAAGCGACGACUCCAGCAUGCACAUGCAUACGCACAGCUCCAGUCAUUCUGGAUCCACCACAGGCAGCCUGAGUGCUUCGGGAUCGGGAUCAAGCAGCUCAGCUGUUGAAGUUGGUAGCCUCAGUGCUUCCAGUACGGGUGGCCGAAGCUCAAUUCGGAGUGCAAGCAGCGCAAGCUCGGCGGAAUCUACACCCAGCUCGACCUCUUCCGGGUCAAGCGCUCCUGCUACCAGUGCUGCAUCGGCGAUGAAACCGAUCUUCAUCACGAUGGUCGGAGCUGUCAUCACUACUAUGGCCUUCCUGAGCUAG